GCGUUAGUCACCAGAAAAUCCGUGUUGCAGUAUUUUUUUAGUCAUAUCUCCUUCACUACACAAGAGAUUAGGAAGAAAAAAGAGGAGAGAGAAAGUGAAAAAAAGCCCUUCUUCCUCCUUGUUUGUAGUAAGAUUUUCCGAUCAGGCGCAAAGUAGCAUUAGAGUGAAGCUCUUUUUUUUACUUACGCUAGUGGUGCAUUUAAGUUAUUCACCAUUUUUAUGCCUCAUUUUUCUGUUAGGUUUAUGUGUGAUAGUGAGCUUCAGUUGAUGCUUUGGGGUUUUGUGGGUUGAUAUUUGAAGUUGAUAAAUUGGUUGAAGUUUUGGUUAGAUUGAACAUUUGGGUGUUAAAAAAGUAAGGGUUUUGAUAUUUGAUUGAAAAUGGGUGAUACAGAAAGGGGUAAUAUUGAUAUGAUGCAUAGAAUUCAAAACCCUUUUGGGGCUUUAUCAAGAACAAGUAAUCAUCUUGAUGUAUCUCAAUUAAAUAUAUCACAAAUCAGGCCACCUUUACCUCAAAAUUCUCAAAACUUGCAAAAUUCUGGGUGUGAAAAUGGUAAAAGGUCUGGAAUACCACCAUCUCAUCCUACUAUGCCACCUCUUUCACCUUAUUCGCAAAUUCCAGUGACUAGACCAGGGUCUCAGCACUCUGGUUCACAGAACUUUAGCCGUGGACCAUCCCAUUCGCGAUCGUUGUCGCAACCGGCUUUUUUCAUGAAUGAUUCAUUGCCCCCUUUAAGCCCUUCACCUUACCAGAACUCCACUUCUCCUACAAAUGGUUCUGAAAAUGCUAAUUCGUCCAAUGGUUCGUUGGAGAAUCGUGAUGGUUGUGGGAAUUCGUUGUUGCCACCGUCCUCUUUUGGUAAGAGUAACUCCUUGCAUAUUACUGAAGGUUUCCCCCCUCGGAAACUGCAUCGGCGUUCUAUCAGUGAUAUUCCAUUUGGGUUUGAUAAUGUAUUCCAAUCAUCUCCACCACCAACAUCAAUGGUUCCUCCUAGUCCUAGAGGUCAUGCUGGUUUAGAGAGGACUCUGUCGGGUGGAGAGUUUGCGGGUUCAGCCAAGCCGGCACAGUUGGUUAAGAAGGAAUCUAGUUGGGAUAAGACUCGUGAUGGUAAUGUAGAAGGUGAAGUGGUUGAUGACUUGCUAUCGGCAUAUAUGGAUCUGGAUCACCUUGAUGCCAUGAAUUCUUCUGGGACUGAUGAGAAGUAUGGUAAUGAGAAUAGGGAUGAUAUAGAUAGUCGUGCUAGUGGGUCGAAGACUAAUGGAUGUGAAAGUAGCGAUAAUGAAGCUGAAAGCAGUGUGAAUGAGAGUGGAAGUAGUGGACAGAGACCAAUGGUUGGUGAACGCAAGAGGGGCGCGGCAGGUGAGGCUGCGCCAACUUCUAGACACUACAGAAGUAUUUCUAUGGACAGUUUUAUAGGGAAUAUGAAUUUCGGGGAUGAAUCUCCAAAGCUACCUCCUUCUCCAAGUACUGGUGUUGCUCAGCUUUCCCUUAAGGAUCCUGCUAAUGGCAACUCAAAUGCGUUCAGUAUGGAAUUUGGUAAUGGAGAAUUCACUGGGCCAGAGCUGAAGAAGAUAAUGGCUAAUGAGAAGUUGGCUGAGAUUGCUCUAACUGACCCUAAACGUGCAAAAAGGAUUUUGGCAAACCGACUUUCAGCUGCUCGUUCAAAGGAAAGGAAGAUGAGAUAUAUAUCAGAACUGGAACACAAGGUUCAGACUUUACAAAAUGAAGCCACUACUUUGUCUGCACAACUUACAUUAUUGCAGAGAGAUUCUGCUGGACUUACCACCCAAAACAACGAGCUAAAGUUCCGUCUACAAGCGAUGGAGCAACAAGCUCAGCUUCGUGAUGCUCUAAAUGAAGCAUUAACAGCGGAAAUCCAUCGCUUAAAGAUAGCCACAGGAGAGCUGAAUGCUGAAUCCAUGUCUAAGUGUUUUGGGCAGCAACUUUAUGUUAAUCCUCAAAUGUACCAGCAACAACAGCAGCCACGAUCAACCCAAAAUAACACCAAUAAGUUGCAACACCCCGGCUCACUACAGGAGCAGCCAAAAGCACAAGACUCGAACAACGGUAAAAGCACAAAGAGUGAAUUGAAGCAUUGACGGGUUCUUGAGCUUGGUAUAGGUUUGUGUUCAGUGCCUCGCUAGCUGCCUUUUGUCCAAAUUGGCUCAAGUAUUCAUCUAUGUAGUUUUCUUUCCGCAUUUGUUUGUUAAUUUCACAUCCACAUAGAAAUGGGAACUUGGAAGUAAAUUAGAUGUAGAUUCGUUUUGCAUAGAGUCACUAAAUUAUACAUUCUAUUUCACUAUGUUUAGGAACAUGUAUGGCAAAGCAAAAAAUUUGUUUAGACAUAACUAGUUACACAACUAUUUGUACAAUAGAGUAGUUCUGAAAUGUUGUAGUGUUUUGGUUCGAAUAGGGUACCGAGAAUCAGUGGGAUUUUGCUGUUC